AUGGCUUCUUCUUCGACUCCCCAACGCCGCCGCCUCACUCUCACAUCCGCCGAAAAAGUGGCCGCAGACGACAAUCUGCUGAAGCAGAUCUUCAUUCGGUUACCUCCGAAGCCACUCUUCAGUUUCAAGACCGUAUCCGAGAGAUGGUUCAAUCUCAUUUCCGAUCCGUACGUUGUUGGUGAUUGGAUUCCGCCGAAUUCUCCUUCCUCGUUUUACUUCCGAAGGUACUCCUCUCCCUUUUCCCCCGAUAUCGAAUUCAAUCACAUAUCUGUUAAUGGUUUUGUGGAUUCGAGUCUUCCUGUAUCUCUGAAUUUGUUCGAUGAACCUGACGGAGUCAAAAUUUUGCAAUCCUGUAAUGGCUUAUUGCUCAUCUCUUCCUCUUGGCCUAGUGCUGAUUCUGUACACACUCGCUACUAUGUUCUCAAUGCCACCACUAAGAAAUAUUCCAUGAUUCCUAGGCCCAAAAAUGGGGAUAACCGAAACUUUUUAGUUUCUAUGAACUUAGCGUUUGAUCCGGCCAUUUCACUGCACUACAAAGUAGUUGCUUUCCGUUCUAGAAAAUGGAACAGCCCUAAUUUUCGAAUUGCCGUAUAUUACUCGGAAACUCAAACUUGGGUGUUUUCUGAGAAAUCAUUUACUUUAUCAGAGAAUAUAGUAGUUGACAAUGGCAUUUUUUUAAAUGGUAAGAUCCAUUGGCCUCGUUGCUACUCCAAAGAAUCAACAUGUUAUGAUAUUAAUCGAGAUGAAUUCUUGCCAUUGCCGAUGCCAAGUUGUCUCAAAAAGGUUCCAGUGUUUUUUGGGGAGUGUGGGGGUCAUCUACGAUUAAUUGAAUGUUAUAAAAGAUGUGGUCGUCGGUUCGAUGUGUUGGAGUUGGAGAAUGACUAUUCUGAGUGGGUCGUGAAAUACCGGGUUGACCUUCAGAUGGGUGUAUCGGCUUUUCCGGAGAUGAUUCGUCCUUGCCCUGGCCGUUUUCCGACCUACGGAGUCGAUGUUCUUUGCUUCCUUGGAAGUGAAGUAGGAGGCGAUUUAUGCUUGAUGUUAUACAUACCUUUCAAAGUCAUAUCCUAUAACUUCAAGGAUAGAAGUUUUAGGAAGGUUUGUGAUUUGAAGCUGCUUCCGGCUGAUGUUGGUAAUAUACAGUUUUGUCGAUUUUUUGCCAUCUAUCCAUGCAUGGAAACCAUAUUUGAUGUUUGA